AUGGUUGACGACUGUCCGUCUGUAGAGGCGAUAGGGUUCCGGCCAGCCGGGAAGGCUCCAUUCGAGGGAACACAAUUGGACGGUCAAGUGGGACUCUGCGUCGGCCCAAUCACGGAGCCGGAUUCCGCCUCGGGUCUGGGUCCGAGCCCCGUCUCGGACGAGGGCCACUUGCACUGCCCGUCCGGACAGCCGCUUUUCCCCACCGCCUACGCGGAUUCCGUCAGCUCCUCGUGUCCCUCGGUCGGCUCGGCCAUUCCCACUCCGCUGCCCUGUUGGCCGACCGCCGGCUCCCUGCCCGAGGACGAGGCGACCGGUCGGCCCGACUGCCCGGCAGGCGGCACGCCGAUUGGCCGCACAGACGCCUCGGCCUCCAUCCUCCCUUGGGCUCUUGUACCCCACCCGUCAGCCCAAGCGGCCGUCCGGACGCGCCCCCCCAGCCCCUGCUUUGAUCUGUUCUUCGGCGAG